GAGAGCAUGGAAAUGGUGUAACAGUUGAUAAAGACAAGUUAGCGCCAGAAGAGCGUAAGAAAUACGACGAUGGUUGGCAGAAUAACGCCUUCAAUCAGUAUGUCAGUGAUCAGAUCUCAUUACAUAGAAGUCUCAAAGAUGUCCGUGAUGAUGAAUGUAAGACGUUGAAAUACCGAAGAAAGUUACCAGAUACCAGCCUUGUUAUAUGUUUCCACAACGAGGCAUGGACAGUACUUCUGCGAACAUUCCAUAGCGUUUUAGAUAGAACACCACCCGAAUUACUAAGGGAGAUAAUUCUUGUAGACGAUUUCUCCGAUAAAGAGCAUCUAGGGAAACAGCUGGAAGAUUACAUCAAAGAUUAUCCAAAGGUGAAGGUUGUGCGGACCAAACAGAGGGAGGGGCUUAUAAGGGCACGCCUUCUUGGGUUUGCCAAUGCUGUUGGAAGUGUGGUUACCUUUUUAGACUCGCAUUGUGAAUGUGCUGUAGGAUGGGUGGAACCAUUAUUGGAUCGCAUAGCAGAAGAUAAACGCAAUGUUGUAUGCCCGGUGAUUGAUGUCAUCGAGGAUGAUUCAUUCAAGUAUCAGUACGGGAACGCGAGGUCAACAAGUAUAGGAGGAUUUGACUGGAACCUUCAGUUUAACUGGCACGCUAUUCCAGAAGACGAGCGUGCAAGACGUGAUUAUAAGGAUUAUGCACCAGUCAGGAGUCCAACUAUGGCUGGAGGAUUGUUUUCAAUAUCACGGGAAUAUUUCGAGACCCUAGGCACUUACGACCCUGGUAUGGAUAUUUGGGGAGGCGAAAAUUUAGAAUUAUCUUUCAGAGUGUGGAUGUGUGGUGGGAAACUAGAAAUCAUUCCUUGCUCACAUGUGGGUCAUAUAUUCCGUAAACGAUCUCCGUACAAGUGGCGAGGUGGUGUAAAUGUUGUCAAGAAGAACUCUGUGAGACUAGCAGAAGUGUGGAUGGAUGAAUACAAAAACUAUUACUACGAAAGAUUUAAUCAUGAUUUGGGUGAAUUUGGAGAUAUUAGCGAGAGGAAGAAAUUGCGUGAAAAUUUGAAAUGCAAAAGUUUUGACUGGUUUGUGAAAAACAUAUAUCCUGACCUUUUUGUACCGGGCGAAUCUAUAGCAUCAGGGGAGAUAAGAAGUAAGGCCAAGCCAAUGUGUAUAGAUAGUGCUGUAGAUAGUCAGAAUUAUCAUAAGCCGGUAAACAUGUGGCCUUGCCAUAACCAGGGUGGGAACCAGUACUGGAUGUUGAGCAAGAAUGGUGAAAUACGUCGAGAUGACGGUUGCCAGGACUUCUCUGGCGGAGCUAAUGUGAUAAUCUACCCUUGCCAUGGUCAAAAGGGGAACCAGGAAUGGGAUUAUAGAGAGGACAAUACUAUUGUUCAUGUCAAUACAAACAAAUGUAUGACAGUGUCAUUGGAUGGUCAAAAACUUUUGAUGGAGAAAUGUACGGGUAUAGAUCGUCAAAUUUGGACAUGGAAAAGAAAGUCGCCCAGCGGACUUAUACGGGCGGAUUAGAACUUAUACGGGCAGAUUAGGAUUUAUACGGGCAGAUUAGCUGAUAGUCAUAGAAUAUUUAUAUUUUGUUAAAAAGAGAUAAUGGUACCAAAUGUUGUCAUGUAAAGACAGGAAAUAAAGGAGGAAUAGCUCAGCUUGAGGGGGAAUGUGUCAUAUUGUAGAUGCUAAAUAUAGAUAUGAUAUCCCUUAUGAUAUUAUAGGAUAGAAAUUGUAUUUUUUUUUUCAACAGAAGUGUAUGAAACUACAAAAUGAUAAUUAAUUUGUAGUGGCUUCAAAUGAAUUUUACUUGGUAUUUGGUGUUGCAUUCAUGAUAAUAAGCAUUCUUGAUAAUAAUUCUAUUGAUGAUUAUUUAUUCUUCAAAUGAAAUUACAUGAUUUCAUAUUCUUUCUUUUUUCUUCUUUAUAUUUGAUAUAGUUGAAUAUAUGAAAGGAGUAGGCUACAAGUUUAUCUGCAGUAUUUUCUAACAUUGCCAUAAGUUUUCACUGGUUUGGCAGAGAUUUGUCAGUUCUGUCAGUCUAUUGAUAUAAAGAUCAUUUCAAGGAAUGCAGAACCUUGAUGUUUUAUUGCAUUGUUUCUACUUAUAAAGUCUGCUUUCUUUCUGGGAAAAAACAAAACAAAAACAAACAUCAGAAGUUAUGAUUGUUCAAUAUAGAUAGGCAGUCAAGAUACAGAUUUAUAUCAGUAUUACUUUGAUAUGAUACCACAGACAUAAAAGAUGAUAUAUAUAGAUGCUAUUUGAAGGUUUAAUAGCAACAUUGCACUUUCUUUGUUCUUGAAUAUGAUGUUUCUUGAAGGUUUAAUAGCAACAUUGCACUUUCUUUGUUCUCAAAGAAGAUGUUACUUGAAGGUUUAAUAGCAACAUUGCACUUUCUUUGUUCAUAUUAUUGAGAUAUGUCGAUAUAUCCAUAACUCCUUGUUUUAAAGGUGUAGAUACUAUCAUUUCAUGAUUUUCUGAUUAAUUAAAGGGGUUAACCUCCAGAAUUGAUAAGCUUUACAGGAGUAAUGUUUGUACUUGUCUGCUCAUACCUUGUAAUCAUGAUUAUUUAUUUAGCAAUUUGUUAUAUAAUAAUUGAAUAGGUGUAUUGGGGGGGUCUUCAAAAGAUAAAUGAAAUAAGUCAGUGUAUACAAGAAAAGUAGGAAUAUACAUUCAUUGCAGUCUGUUACUUAAAAUUUUAAAAAUAGAAAAGACAGGGUUAAUGGUUAUUAAUUUCAGUUCGUUAACAUAUUGUUUUAUGUUUAGUUUUUUUGUUAUUUUUGUUGGUUUGUUUUUCCAGUGUUUCUUUGCCUGUUUCCACUAGUUUUGUUUGUAAGUUUGAACUAUUAGUCAUGCUUACUUCCAGUCUUGAAAGUCAUGCUCAAAAAACCAAGAUAAUUUCUUGAAGUGUGCAAUGUUCAUUGUAGCUGCAUCAGAGUUUUUGUGUUUUACACAUAUUAGAUUAAUUUUGAAUAUUGAUUGCAUAUUUAGAUUGAGUAUAUCAAUUUUAUACAGUAAGAAUAACUUUUUAAAUGAGAUAUAUGUGGCUAAGAUCUGGUGGAACAGUUUUUAUUAGCUCACCUGUCACAAAGUGACAGGGUGAGCUUUUGUGAUCGCUUUUCGUCCGGCGUCCGUCCGGCGUCCGUCCGUAAACUUUUGCUUUAAAUGACAUCUCCUCAUAAACCACUAAGCCAAUUUCAUCCAAACUUCACAGGAAUGUUCCUUUGGUGGUCACCUUUAAAAAUUGUUCAAAGAAUUUAAUUCCAUGCAGAACUCUGGUUGCCAUGGCAACCGAAAGAAAAAUCUUUAAAUAUCUUCUUUUAAACAACCCUAAGAGCUAGAGCUUAGAUAUUUGGCAUGAAACAUCCUCUAAUGAGUGUCUACCAAGUUUGUUCAAAUAAAAGCCCUGGGGUCAAAAUUGGCCCAGCCCCAGGGGGUCAUUGAUUUUCCCUAUAUGCAUAUAGUAAAAACUUAAAAAAUCUUCUUUUAAAGAACCUUAAGAGCUAGAGCUUAGAUAUUUGGCAUGAAACAUCUUCUAGUGAAUGUCUACCAAGUUUGUUCAAAUAAAAGCCCUGGGGUCAAAAUUGGCCCCACCCCAGGGGGUCAUUGAUUUUCCCUAUAUGCAUAUAGUAAAAACUUAAAAAAUCUUUAUUUUAAAGAACCCAAAGAGCUAGAGCUAAGAUAUUUAGCAUGAAACAUGUUCUAAUGGGUGUCUACCGAGUAUGUUCAAAUAAAAGCCCUGGGGUCAAAACUGGCCCCGCCUCGGGGGUCAUUGAUUUUCCUUAUAUGUGUAUAGCAAAAACUUAAAAAUCUUCUUUGGAAAAACCCAAAUAGCUAGAGUUUAGAUAUUAAGCAUGAAACAUCUUUAAGGAAAUAUCUACAAAGUUUGUUCAAAUAAAAGCCCGGGAGUCAAAACUGGCCCUGCUCCAGGGGUGUCAUUGUUUUUAACUAUAUAUGUAUAGUAAAACCUUAAAAAAUCUUCUUUUUAAAAAACCCAAUGAGCUAGAACUUAGAUGUUUAGCAUGAAACAUCUUCUUAUGGGUGUCUACCAAGUCUGUUCAAAUAAACAAAUAAAAUCCCUUGGGUAAAAAUUGGCCCAUGGGGGGGGGGGGGCUAUAUACAGGUGAGUGACCUUAGGGCCAUCAUGGCCCUCUUGUUGUAAAAUUCAGUUAAACAACUUAAUGGUGACCAGUCUUAAAAAUUGCAUAAGUGGAAUCUCAAACGCAAAAUUUUUGAAAAGGAUAAAAAUAGAUACUCUUUUAUUGACAAGUUAUUUUUUAUCAAUUUGAAUAGGGCAUAUUUCUGUAUAUAGAAGGCAUAUACAUUGCAAUUUUGCAAAAGAGAAUAAUGAAGACAGAUGGAAAUGUUCAAACGUUUAAACAUAUGUAAAACAAUAGGGAACAGACCAUACUGUUAGCACUAAUUUGAAAAGUGAAAAAUAGUCUUUGAAAUUAGAUAUUUUCAAAGAUUUCAAUGUCUUCAAUAUGUGGUCUUUUAUCAGAUGUGGUCAUUAAAAUAAGUUUAAAUGUUUUGAUUCAUCACAACUUAAAUUGUUAAACUUCUGGUUUCUGUCACAAUGCCCAAGGACAUACAGUGUCUCCUACAAAUUAUACCAAAGAUGAUUGGUUUUCUGGCUUUUUAUUUAUCUUUUUUUCUGCAAUCUAAUAUUAUUUAAAGAUUUACAUUAUACAAUAAACAGCACCUUUAGUUUAACCCUGUCAUCUUCAUAAUAUCACCUAUGAAAAUAUUGUAUACUAUUUUAUAAGAAAGGGAAGGAGUUGUUGGUAUAUGUAAGGUAGAUUUAAAGAAAUUGUUCAGCUCAUUAUGUUAGGUAGUCUUGUAUUUUUCUUGAUGAUUUUAUUUAACGAUUGAUACAUAUUCAUUGUUUACUAUAUUGUUACAUUUUUAAAGAGCAUAGUUUAAUUUUAGUCAUAAUUAUAUACAUACAAAUAUGUCUAAAUUUUCAACCAAGUUUUGAAUUUUUACACCUUAUAAGAACAGCGUUAAGUGUUUAGUUGACUUAUUUAUCCAGAUAUGUUAUUUAUUUUUUGCUUACAGACAGCUAUAUUUAAAAAAAAAAUUUAAAAGAAAUUAAAUGAAACUUGUAAUAGAUGUCCUGCCUUGAUAUUUUUAAGUUAUUUAUAAGUUAGUUUAUAGUACUGCACAUUUUCUAAUGUUGAUUUUCAUUGGAUGAUUGCAAGGUUUAUAUUAUCAAUAUAUCCAGCAGCUGUUAAUUUAGAAUUAAAGGAAUUCACUGAGGUCCAAAUCCUAAAAACAUAAAAUUUAAAAAUCUUACAAUGAUCAACUGGGGCACAUACACAUAAUGGAAAAAAUGUGAAAAACAUAGUUAAUAUUAGUACAAUUGAUAGCCCUAUUUCAGUAAAGAGGGUUUUACAUACUUAAUAUUUUUGCACACAAGUAAUUGGUAUAGAUGUACAACAAAUAAAAUAUUAAAAAUUAAAAAAAAAACAACAUCAUUUUCAGUCUCAUCGUGUCAAAAACCUGAGUGAAGUCCCUUUUUAAUUUUCAUUUUUCCCAAAAAUAAAAACAUUGUGCAGUAUUAUGAAUUUGUUAUAAGGACUUUUGACAAGUUAUAUGGCCAUGUAUAAACAGUUAGUCACUACAUAACCCUCACCUUCCUAUAGGGUUAUAUAACCUUUCCACUGGUUAUAUCUUUUAAAAAUCUAUAUAAAAAAUUGGUACUAUACUCAGUGUAGUUCUUUCCUUAGUGUGUAUAAACACACAUUUUGGGUCAUUCUAUACUGUAUAAUAUAUACACAGCGUGUAUUUCCCCGUAAUGUGUGUGUGUAUGUGUGUGUAUGCAGUUUCUGGAUUUCUGCUACUGUUUAUAUAUAUGAUUUGGUUUUUCUUGUACUGCUUAAUAAUAUCUUGUCCCUACUACAUGUAUAUGUAUGUAGUUAUGCAGUAGGGUGUUCUUUUUCAUAUACAUUGAAAUUCAGUGUACCUUUGUAUGCCUCAAAGCUGUUUAGUUUUCAGCCUCACGCUGUUGAUAAGUUCAUACUUUUUAACAUGACUCUGGCCAAUUGUGUUCUUAUACAUGUAGCUUGUACAUUUUGCUUACAUAGACAAUCAGUAUUUAAAAUUGUUGAAUAACUUUUGCUUUAAAGACAGCCUUGAUUGUUCAAUAAAUUAUAUGUAGGAAUGUUUGUGAAAUCUAUUUUUAGAUGUGCGUUUUUUGUUUUUUUUUAUGACUGUGUCUGUUUAAUUUUUAGAUUUGUUUAAGACACAAGUAUUCCCUUUGGACCAAUAAAAUUAUGUAUACAUAAAUUUAUUUUGACCAAUUAUUUAUAUACCCAAUUUUUACCAGUAUCUACUUAAUAGUUUAUUUCAAAAUUUAUAUUUGUAGGCACUAUCCCACCAGUGUAUUAAAUACACAUACAAAGACAGCGCUUACAUUAAUUGUAUUUUUACCAUUAUACCUUACAAGUUGACAUAAUAAAUUCUUAGCCCUGUAUAUCAUACAAUUUAAUGAAAUGUUGUAAAUUAUUAAUGAUAUAUGAUUUUUUCCUUUCAUUUAAUGUACUUUAUUUUGUAAACUUACUAUUCAUUAACAUUCGACAUCAUAUUGUAAAAGAUAAUUUUUAUUUCUACAUUAUUUUCAUGAACAUAAAAACAUUUUUAAGUUUACUUCAAAGUGAUUUUUAUUUUAUUUUUUUUGACAGUAUAUGCUUGUUAGAAAAUGCAAAGUGUUAUGUCUUACAUCUCAGUGAAAUAUUAUCUAUAUUUCACUGAAGACAAACACUCAUUUGAUUAUUUUUAUCAUGCAGAGUGGUGCAUCAAUUCAUCCUUUAUAUUCACUAUAACGUGUUGAAAUUUGAGACUUACGUGCAACAUUGUAUUAACGUGUUAUGGUAUUACAUUGAAAUAAGAUAUUGUUGUAUUGAGUCAACAAAAUAUUAGAAUGAGUCGGCAUUUUUUCCCCUGAUAUUUUAUCGGCCAUACUUGUAUCAUUCAUGUUCAUUUUUUGUCACAUUAGAUGCUCAGUAUAUGCAUGUGUUGUACAUAAAUCUUAAUUACAUGGUAAAACAUGUAAUGAUUUAAUGUAGAUAGGAAAAAAAACUGUCAUAUCAUGUAAUUAGCUCUUAUACAGAAAAUAUCCCGCUCUUGAGUUAUGCGAGCUUGUGUAAUAUAAUGUUUUGCAAUGAGAUAUAGGCUUUAAAUGAGAGAUUUGUGGCAAAAGAUUUGUAACAUUUUUGUUUGCUUGGAUUUCUGGUUGAAUUAAUCUGAAAAUAAAUUUCAAAAAUAUUUUUUUUUACGUAAAGGAAGAAAAGAUAAAUCCAUAAGUAUCCUUCCUUUGGUUAAGACUUUAUAAAAAAAGGACGACCUUAUACUCAUUUGAAGUGAAAUUAAAAUGGUUUAAAAUUUAGUACAAAGUUAAAGCAUGUUAAAUUUCAUUAAUAUUUUCAAUUUUACCACAAGGAGCAUUAACCACCAGGAGCUAAUAGGUUUAGAGAAAUAAUAUAUAUGUGUUCAAAUAUCAAAGAAAUUUAGUUUCAUCAAAUUACAUUUUAUACAUAUAUAUCACAUAUUGUUAUUAACACGUACACAUUGUACAUUUUAUCACAAAUUUGGUAGUUUGUAGAAACGUCAGGUGGGUUGGGAAAGGAAAUUGUAUGUAUGUUUUCACAAAGAGUCAUUUGUUUAAAUGUUGCAUGUUUUAUUAUCACUUACUGUGAUCAUCUUUAAUUGAUACAUUCCAUGGGAAAAUACAUAAAGGGUCCAGUACAGCAAUUAAUUUAAUUUUCAUAAUAAUUGGCCUCUGGUUGAGUGGUGAAGGUUAUUUUUUACUUUGAACCACUUGCCUCUCAUUUCCUUAGGUUAGAAACUUACCAGAGAUAUUUUAUUUGUUCAUACUUAUGGGGAGGUUGUUCAAUUACCAUUACACAGAAGGUUCGUGGCUCUGCCCAUAAGCCAGCUCAUGCUGAAGGGGCAGUUAAGGUCUUCCUCCACCGGUAAAGCUGGAAAGUCACCAUUUGAUAUUUGGUAAAUAGCUACUAGUAUCUGAAUACAGUCAAUGAAAAUAACAUGUUUUCCCACCUUUAUACAUUCUGUCUAGCACAACAAGUUCCUUAGCAAUUUGUGAUUACAUUUGAUGACUUUGGUAUUGAUAAUUCUUACUAGUAUCAAAAGACUGUCACAAAUGCCAAGUAGAGGAAAAACAAAAUUUAAGAUAAAAUGUGAAAGCUUAAGAACUAGAUACUGUAAGAACAAACAAAAAGAUUUUUUUUUUUCAAUUUAACAACUUGCAGAUACACUAAAUACCGAUACAGAAAGCGAUAACUGAAGAGCUUUUAUUGAAAAAAUUACUUGAAAAAAUGGAUUGCACAACAAAUCUUUUAUGCACAAUUCCUUUUCUGAUAGACAAACAAAAAAGUUCAGUCUAGUCAUAUUCCCUUCACUUUCUUUGCACUGAAUUCUGUCUCAUUUCUAAGUUAUUCAUGAUAAAAGAUGCCAUAAUUUGAUCUUUGAAAUCCUUUAUGACGGGACGUCCUGUCGUCGUGUUAGUUAUUACUGAUAAUCUAAAAAUAACAAUAUAACAGUUUAAUACAAAUACCAUAUCAAUACCUAUCAAAUUUUGACUUAACGAAUAACAUGGUGUUAUUUCUGUUAUAUUAUACAGAACUCUUUGAAUUUGAUUGUUCAUUUUUAACACUGUUGAAUCAUGAACAUUGUUUGUGGUAAAUUAUUUGAAAAGUGGCUUGUUUGAAGCAAUUUUAUUUCGACAUUUUUGGAGUUGUUACAUGCUUAUGUGAUCAUACAACUUCAUGCAACACGAAACUCUUGAUUAGAUCUUUUUUCUAAAGAUUACGGACCGUUCAUUGUCAGCAUAUUUCAUUUUACAAUUACACGAUAGUUGCCACAAAAAAGCAGACAGAUAUUUAUUAUGCAAUAUUUGCUGAAUGAAUAUAUUGGCUUGGGUAUCUUAUCUUCUGCUCUCACAAAUUGCAAUAUGUCUUAGACAAAUAUUAAUGGACAUAACUUGCAGUAAAUAACAGAAACUGGACGGAAGCCAGUCGAAUAUCAUAAAUGGCCAGUCAGCUCAAUGUGUUCUAGAGUAUCACAUUCAUAAUAUAAGCAUAUAUGAAAGUGGUUUUCUUAUUUAAAAAAAUGAAAUGUGUUCUAUCAAUGGUAAUAAGGUCAAGCGUUCUUGAUUGCCCAUAUUGUUUGAUAAGUUACAAAACACAGAAAAAGAUGUUGUUGAUUUAUGAAGCAUUCGGUUAACAUAAAAUUUUUUUUUAUCCUUUUCAUGAUGCAAGGAAAGAGGUCAAUUAAACAAAAUAACACAAACAUAUACAGAUAAUUAUAUCGGUUGGUAGUUUCAUGGCCAAUAUGUUACAUCAUUACAGACCUUUGUUUAGAACCUAUUGUAAGUUUUGCCAAGUAAUGUUCUAAUUGUUUCUUCUCUUCUAAAACUGACAAAAGAGUUGCUUGGUACGACUAUCAUACCUGCUUAAGUAAGAUUUGUACAAUUUGUGUUUCACCAGUUUGAAUAAAAAUGCACAAUUGUUAUAAAAACCAUAAGCAAACUUUAUUUCUUGCAAUUUACAAAUUCUUCCCUUGAGGUUUUAAAUUUUUUUAUCUAUCACGAUAAAAAGAAAUUGUUAAAGUCAUACUGUUUAGAAUCGUUUUAUUUCAUUAUAACAGAUAACAGCAUCGAUAUAAUUCUGAUAAAUUUUAUUCACUUUUGCUUGGCUUAAUUUAUUCUUUUUAUAACUUAUUCACCUGUAAGUGUUGAAGCAUACCUAGACAUCAUGCUUUUUCAUGUCAUUUUGUAAAUCGUAUUAUUUCAUUAGUAAUUAGGAUAAUUUAAAUAUAUCAAAUAAAAAUAGAAAUAGGAAAACGUCAAUUUCCUGGAGAUACCUGUAUAUGAUGCUAAGGAUUCUCGUCGUAGUUUUUUUAUCUUUUUUGUUUAUUUGCAGAUCCAAUUGUCUGGCUUUAAGGAACGAUUUGUAUUUUAUGGACCAUUUGUCUAGUAUUUUAUGGACUAAAUGUUUUCUGUGUGGUUUUUUUUUCAGCAUAAUUUUUAUAUCACAGUAGAGACUAGUUUCUGUGUCUAUACAAAGUAUGUUUUGGACGAGGGAUUAAUGGACCAAAUUUCAUGUGAUAUAUUAAUUUAUCUAUUAUUAUAAUUUACAUACAUUCCAGACUCAAAUAUGAGUUAGACUUUUAGCAUUAUGUAACCUCAAGGAGUACUUAAUACCUUCCAAUAGUUUCCUAAUCAUGUUUUGCAGAUAAGAACUUUCAACCAAACUGAAAAAAUGAGGGAAAUCUAUUUGAGUUAAAGGUUCGCGUAACUUAGCUUAUUGAUCAGUUUUACCUUGUUUGUAUUAUAUUAUUAAUUAUAUUAUAUGAAUAUUGAUUAAAUACUUAAAUUAUGUAAUAAACCAUGGUAUAACGUUCUGAAACUUUGAUUUAAAAGAAUAAGUAUUUAGUUACUCUUAAUUUCUCUGUUUAUAUUGUAUAUGGCUUCCAUAAUGUGAAUUAUUCUGUACUGCUUACUUGCUUCAAAUAUACAUUGUUUAUUGUUUCAUAAAUACCUAUUCAUUAUUGUUAAUAGUGAUCAUUUUAUAACUCGUUAAUGUACAUGUAAUUAAAACAGUGCCUUUCAUCUUGAAGAAAUACAUGGAUACUAUCAAAGAAA